GCUUUCCUUGUAGUCUUGAAAAAAUUGUCGUCAGAAUUUUACAUUAACUUAAUUUCAAUAUUAUUGUUAGUAGGACUAAUUUUAACAAAAGUCAAAGGGCAUAAAAAGAUGGCUGGUGAUAAUAUAGAGAAAUUAUAUAAGAAUUACGAUAUUUUAGCUGCCGCGAAAGAUGAAAUUUCACAGCACGAGAAAGAGUACUUGGAAAUACUCGCAGCCGUAAAGGGAUCUGACAAAGAGAAACGUUUGGCAUCUCAAUUCAUUGCGAAGUUUUUUAACAGUUUUCCUACUUUAUCCGAACAAGCAAUAGAAGCACAAUUUGACUUGUGCGAGGAUGACGACGUUGCUAUUCGUAAACAAGCCAUAAAAGAUUUGCCAGUUUUAUGCAAAGAGCACAAAGAACACACUCAGAGAAUUGCUGAUAUAUUAGCCCAGCUAUUGCAAUCUGAAGAUUCUACAGAGAUAAAUGUAGUAACAAACUCUCUUGUAACAAUUUUGAAAAGUGAUCCCAAAGGAGCUUUGUCUGGUAUCUUCUCACAAAUUCAUCAGAACACAGAUGGUGAACUAGCAAAUGAAAUUGUUAGAGAAAGAUGUAUCAAGUUUUUAUCUUCUAAAAUUCAACAAUUAGGAAGAGAAAUAAUCAACAAAGAAGCUGAGGAACUCAUUAUCACAGAAUGCAAAAAAAUUUUAGAGGAUGUUGUUGCUGAAGAAUUCGAACAUAUAAUGGAACUGCUUACUUGGUCAAGAUUAGGUAAAACACCCCUGGGAAAGAAGGAGUUGGUUCAAAUUGUUGCAGCUCUAGCUUUUUCUCCUGAUGACUGGCAUCCAGAGGAUCCUGAAUAUAUAGAUAGAUUGAUACAAUGUACACAACAUGCUGUCCCUUUGUUUUCACCCCAAGUGGAUUCAACACAGUUUAUAAACUUUUUCUGUGACCAUGUACUACCCAAAUGGAAAGACAUUGUUGUGGCUGAUGGAGCAUCUGAUUCGAAACUUGAAUUACUAAAAAUAUUUGCUGAAAUAACAGAAUACUCUGGAGAUUUGGAAAAUGCUCAACAAAGAAUUGAUACAGUUUUUGAAGUACUUAUGGAUUAUUUGCCUGAAGCUCCAGUAGAAGAUGAAACUCAGAAGACAGAAGAAGAUAAAGUUGAGGAAACUAAAACUGCACCAUCACUACAGUUUUCACACGUGGAAUGUGCAUUGUUUGCAUUACAUUCACUAUGCAGAAAAUCACCUAAUUCAUUAACUAGCGAUGCCGCGAAACUUAAGAUGCUACGUUUACGUUUACAAUAUACUGCUCGUCUCACACAAGGCUAUAUUAAGAAAUUAAAGGAAGUGACACAAUCUCAAAAAACCGAAGAUGAAAAUUCCGAAGAAAGUAAAUUAAAAGUAGCUGCAUUAAAGACUACUUCAAACAUUAAUACUUUAAUUAGAGACAUUUUCCGUACCCCACCAUCAUUUAAAAGCAAAGUUCAGCUUUCAUUUAAAUCAAAAAAAUCUGAGAAAGAGGAAAAACAAACAGCCAGCACUAGUGAUGCCACCAAAGAUUCGCCCCAAAAACGUCAUCGCCCUAUUACAUUUGACAAUGGAGCUGAAAAAGAAUCUCCAGAAAAACGGUCCCGUAGCAGUGAUAGAAACCUUAAAAUGUAUACACCACCAUCAGGGAAAUACAGCUCAAGAAUAAACAGUAGCCGGUUCUCUGGUUCAAGUGGGAGGGGUAGAGGUUAUGGAAGACGGGACUAUAGAAAUAAUGGGGCAUCUUUCAGAAAUCGAAGCAACUAUUAACGAAUGAGUGCCUGGAUUGAUGAUGACGAUGAAUGAUUUUUGAUUCGAUUUUUUAUUCUUUGGAAAUUUUCAAGUUUGUUGAUAUUUGCAAGAGAGAAACUCUGUCACUUUGUUUAUUCCAGUCCCUACAGUAUCACAUCAGCAUCAGCAGCUAGUUGUAUCUUUUAGUUUUGGUCUUUCCAUUGAGAAUUGCAGGUUCAACGGCUUCAAAUCUCGUUGCAGUCCAUUACUAGUAUUUACAGGAAUUAAAUUGCUGGUGAUUUGUAUUUUGUAUCUUAUAAU